AUGACCGAUAAAACGUCGACUGUCUACAGAAAAGAAAGUGAAACGAAUAAAAAAGUUAUAAAAUCCACAUUUUUCUGCUUUCGAAACAUGGUUACUAACUUGGCAGACGAUGGAGAUACUGCAAAUAUACAUUGCACCAAUAAAUUGGUCGAAAUAAAAAAGUGCUCUCCUGUGACAACGUUUUAUUCAUCAAAUGCCUUUGGAAGUGAGCUUUAUGCAAAACUUGGGAAACGUCUGCACUCUCCGCUUGGCCAUUAUCCAAGUCAGAUGGACUUGAUUGAAUGUAUUUUUUUAAAGUUUUCACUUUGA